UUUGACAGCUGACAGUCGACAGUCAGCUGAUUGUCAGCUAUGUGUCCGAUUAGAGUUAUGUUUAUUAUUAGGUGUUUAUAAAUAGGUCGGUGUGUCCAUAUCUAGGGAUUGACUAAUAUAGCGAUAAAAGAAAAAUGUCUCAGGCGGAGAAACGAGAAGUACCCCCCGCAAUUAAAAAUAUAUUAAAAGCCGACAUCGAAAUAUCGAAACGAUUUGUACUAUGGGCUAAUCAGUUUUUGCCUCUGAGGUCACUUCGAAUUCAUUACAAAGCCCUAGAAAUUACCUGUCAUGGAAUUCCGUGGUUUGCAUUUUGGAUUGCAUUUACGUGGCUAUUUAACAACACAUCACUCAUUCAGUUGCAAGUCAACAUAUUAAUCGGAUUACUGCUGGAUAUUAUUUUAAUAGCCAUUGCAAAGGCAUACUUUCGACGCCGAAGGCCAGUAGCCAACAGUGAUGAUGCUUUAGGACAAAUCGGACCAGAUGUAUUUAGUUUUCCUUCAGGGCAUGCUAGUCGGGCAGUUUUUGUAACAUAUUUUUUUAUUAAUCUUUACCCUUUACCUAUAUAUUGCAUACCGCCGCUGUUAGCUUGGACAACUUCCGUUUGUUUAAGUAGAAUUCUGAUGAAUCGGCAUUAUAUUCUCGAUGUUUUGGGUGGAGUCAUGUUUGGGCUGAUAGUAGCGUGGACUGUCAGUUUUAUUUGGCUUGAUGAAAGUGCCGCAGUUUACUUAAUGUCGUUUUUAUCAGAUGAUAAAAUUGAUGGCGGUGAUUACCAUGUGUGAUAUUUGUAACUAAGAAAUAAAAGUAAGGUAGAGAUAA